UGGCGGUGGAAAUUUUUUAGAGCUGUCACUUUUCAUUUUCAUUGUGCCUUUAUUCCUAAAAUAUCUCGUUGAGUCCGCCUUUACAAUCUGAAUUACUGCAGAAAUGUAUUCCCGGGCCCAUUUAUUGAUAGAGAAAGAAUAUGAAGACUUUCUUGAGGACAAACCCUGGGGGAUCGAAGCCCAUCCAUUACGAGAUGACAGCCUUUUUGAAUGGACAGCCAAGAUACAGGGCUUAAAACGAACACUGUGGGAAGGAGGUGUGUUUCGAAUCUACAUUAAAUUUGAUGAGAACUACAAAUUAAGACCACCGCAAGUUUGUUUCCAUACCAUUCCCUUUCACCCAAACAUUGACAUGAUUACAGGAAAGCCAUGUAUUGAGUUCUUAGAUGAUUUUAACAAGUGGACUGACUCUUAUCAGAUAGGGUACAUCCUCCUAGCUGUCCAGAAUUUGCUUUCCAACCCUGUUCUAAACAAUGCCGUCAAUACAGAUGCUGUAGACAUGAUCAUGAACAACCCUCACGCCUAUAAACAAAUGGUACUUGACUGUGUGUCAGCAAGCCAAAGAAUUGAAGCUGGCUUGCAUCCCCAUGUUGACACCACAGCCAGAGUGAGAUUCCAACCAGUUGAGCAGAGGCAGACACCCAGGUCAAGCAAAACGUCUCAUGUCCCACCCAAAGUUUACAAAUUGUCCUUUGAAGAUUAUCAUUUAACUUGGUCAGGGAUGGCUACGUCUGUUCCGAAAGCUGACAUGAAAAAUCCAUUAAUAGAAGCAAUCCAUGAUGACCCAAUGUUACAGAAGACUCACAUGACAUUACCAAUGGAUGAUCUCCAGCUUCAGAUGUCCAAACAACUAGAAGAUCAUAAUACUCUGAUGUACGGGAAAUUCAAUAUGAAGUCAAGUCGAAAUGAUGAAGAUGAUAAACUGGCAAAAAUCAACCAAAUGAGGAAGAUUUAUUUACCAAAGAGAGGAGCAACAAGUGUUUCUGAAUCUAGUACACAACCCAUCGUCUCAAAUGCUCAGAACACCGAGGAACAUCAAAACGUGCUGAAUCUCCAACGGGAGAAAACAGACUUGCCAUUUGAUAAGGAAGUGGAUGAACUUGUUGCUUGGACUGCUAAACUUGACGAGGACACCUUGUGAUCAAUGUUAAAGAGAACUUGCAUCCCUGCAUGAGAGCACCCUUAUCCCCACCUAACUUGACUUCUCUUCAAUACUGGAACCUGAAAUAUUAAUGCAUCGUGACACAGAAGACUUGAGGUUGCAUUGCCCUCUGCACCAUCUUGCGAGUACUACUACAAAUGUACUUGUCAAGGUGUUUUGGAUGUGUUGGGGCAGGAUGCAUGCACUCGGAAUGGAGUCUUGGUUCCACAAGGCCCAGGAAUUCGUUACGUAGAUCCAGCCUGGACAUUCAUAUCAUGGAUCCAUUUGUGUCUCUUCAUUACAGAGUCCGUGGUAAAUGCAAAGAACUAACUGACCAGAAGGAGUUAAACAAAUCAGGUAUAUGUUUUAAACAAAUUUAUUUUGUAAAUAGUUAUUUACAGCAGAUCUGUACAUAUCACGGUUUCUAUCUGUAGUUUUUGUUACAAUAAAGUACAUUUGAAAUUA